AUGGACGAGAAUGGAUCUCUCUAUGUUACGGACAAUGGAAAAUAUGAAGUGAGACGAUAUCGAAGAGGAGAAUCUCAAGGAACAUUGGUUGCAGGUGCCAAUGGACAAGGGAAUCGCCUCGAUCAACUCUCUAAUCCACAUUACGUAUUCGUCGAUCGAGAUCAUUCAGUGUAUGUGUCUGAUUUAGGAAAUAAUCGUGUGACGAAAUGGAAAGAACGUGCAAAAGAAGGCAUUGUUGUAGCUGGUGGUCAAGGACAAGAAGAUAGUUUUACACUAUUGAAUUAUCCUCAAGGGAUUGUUGCUGAUCAAUUGGGCACUGUCUAUGUUGCUGAUUGGGGCAAUCAUCGAAUAAUGCGUUGGCCAAAAGGAGCCACACAGGGAAGUGUCAUUGCUGGUGGAAACAGUUGGGGAGGAGAGUCGAAUCAAUUGUAUUAUCCCUGUGGUUUAUCAUUCGAUCGACAUGGCAAUCUCUAUGUCGUCGACAACAACAAUCAUCGAGUACAAAAAUUUAAUAUCGAACAGGCAACACAUUAA